AUCUCGUUUAAUCCUUGUUUAUUAAACAUUAGGUCCAACAACUUCCACGAAGAGCCACUGAGCAAUCUGUACUGGUGCUUAUUCCAAAUUCCCAAUCCACUGGAUCGGCAGCCGUAACCUAACCCUAACCCUAGAUGCUCUCCGACCAACCUCGACGAUCAAUUCAACCAUGGCGGGGAUGCCGCCGGAUGUACUCACUGAAAUACUCUGCCGACUACCUGUUAAGCCACUCCUUCAGUUCCGGUCCGUCUCCAAGUCAUGGCGGUGCCUGAUUGAUAGUCCGGACUUCAUCUACCUUCACUACAAGAACUCCACCGAAACUGGCUCCAAUCUCACCCUUAUACUCCGAAAGGACUCCGAGCUUUACUCCGUGGACCUCCACCUCAUGAACAACGCCGUCGAUCUCGCUCACCCUUUGAUGUGCUACAGCAAUCGGAUUCAAGUACUGGGCUCCUGCAACGGAUUGCUCUGUAUUGCUAAUGUGGCGGAAGAUAUCGCUCUGUGGAACCCUUUCCUCCGAAAGCACAAAGUCUUGCCCUUUUUGUCUACCGAGAGAAACAAGAACUACGGGUCGGGCUUGCUGGGCGCGCGGGCUUAUGGAUUCGGGUACGACCCGGUUCACGAGGAUCACAAGCUAGUGAGUAUUUCGCAGUUUAUUGAUUUUGACAACGAAGUGUUUAUCUCAAAGGUUAAGGUUUAUAGUCUGAGAGAGAACGAGUUGAGAGACUCCGAAGACAUGCCUUAUGCUUUGUGUUAUACGGGGAAAAAUGGAACACUCACUAGUGGUUGUUUGCAUUGGGUGGUGAAACGGAAGUUCAAAUUCGACGAGGCUUAUAUAAUUGUGGCGUUUGAUCUGACGGUUGAGAGUUUUCGGGAGGUGCCGAUGCCUGAAUGUACGAAGGAAAGGAUUCAAAUAGACGUGGGAGUGUUGGGUGGGUGCGUUUGUAUGGUGGCGAAUUACAAUUAUGGUCACGUUGAUGUUUGGGUGAUGAAGGAGUAUGCGGUCAAGGAGUCUUGGGCCAAGCUGUUUACGGUCGCACAAGAUGAGGUUUUUGGUCGGUCUUUGAGGUAUUUGAAGCCAUUGGCUUAUUCAAAGAGCGGUGAGGAGGUUCUGUUCCAACAGAACCAUAAGAGGCUUGUGUGGUACGAUUUGAGAGUAAAAAGUGUCAGGAAUGCGAAUUUUGGUGGCCUGCCAGCUUCGUUUGAGGCUGAGGUUUGCGUCCAAAGUCUUGUUCCGGUUGAGGUGCGUAGAAAAGAUAAUGACCAGCAACAUAAUUCUGGAGAGAAGGAUAAUAACAAGAAAAGGGAUGAUUUCCUGUCAGAAGGCUUCAAGCUGGUGUUAUAAGCAAACAGAAGGAUAAAAGGAAGCGUGGAAGACAGGGUGGAAAGUGAAGGGAGAGAGCUAUACUUUGGCAUCUGAGAAUGCUUGAAGAUGAGGGAACCUGACUACCGGGAUAUGUAUCACACUCCUAUAGUAGAAUGAGUAUACUGCUAGGUUUUUAUUGUAUUUUACUGAUGAGUGCCAUGUCCACUCAUCUUCCACACUUCUGCUGUAACAUGUCGUGAGCCUUGUAGUUACAGUGUUUUUCAAGCUUAUGCACGCUUUUGAGUGACUUCAUACACGGUUAUGCGAGGGAAUGCUUUGUAUGCUCUUUAGAUGUACAUUAUCUGUUUACUUUUUCAGUGCCUGAAAUUUGAUGAUAGAAGUGACUUUGUAAUA